AAAUUCAAUAAACAUGCACCCGAGAAUGAAAUUUCAUUAUAGAUUGAAUGGAGAAGGAUUUCUUAUCGAGAACUUUGGGAUGCAACAAAUGGCUUUAGUGAAAGCAAAAUACUUGAAAGUGGAAGUUUUGGUACAGUAUAUGGAGGGACACUUUCUGAUGGAUUAAAUGUUGCAGUAAAAGUUUUCAAUUUGGAGUCAGAAGAAGAAAGAGCAACUAAGAGCUUCGGUACAGAAAGUCAGGUGCUAAGCAUCAUUCGCCAUAGGAAUUUAGUGUGAAUCAUUGGAUGUUGCAGCAAUACAGAGUUCAAAGCCCUAAUACUGGAGUACAUGCCUAAUGGGAGCCUUGAGAAAUGUUUAUAUUCCCACAACGAUUUCUUGGACAUUCUGAAAAGAUUAAAUACAGCCAUUGAUGUUGCAUUAGCUUUAGAAUAUCUGCAUCACAGUCAUACUUCCACCAUUGUUCACUGUGAUUUAAAGCCUAGCAAUAUCCUUCUUGAUGAAGAUAUGGUUGCCCGUGUUGGCGAUUUUGGUAUAGCCAAACUCUUCGGUGAAGGGAAGCUAAUUUCUCAAACAAAGACCUUAGCAACAAUUGGAUAUAUGUCACCAGAAGAUGGAGUUGAAGGAAUAGUAUCCACUAGUGGCGAUGUCUACAGUUAUGGAGUGAUACUGCUAGAGAUGUAUACAAGAAAGAAGCCGACAGAUGAUAUGUUUGACGAACAAAUGAGCUUGAAAAGUUGGGUUAGUCACUCAUUGGACGAGCAUAGAAUAAUUGAAGUAGUGGACACCAAUUUGCUUAGAAGAGAAGAAAAUUUCUCCAGAAAGGAGCAACGAGUAUCUACCAUUUUGUCUCUGGCGAUAGAAUGUUUGAUUGAUUCUCCAACGGAAAGAAUCAAUAUGAGGGAAGUUGUGUCUAGACUGCAAAAGAUUAAAGCUAUGAUUCCAUCAAGAUAG